GCGACACUUCCUCACUAUGCCUCCGGGUGGAAGACUCCAAGAUGAGGAACUGGAUCGUGCGGCAUGGCAAGCUGCCAAAGCUGGCGCAAUCGGUGCGGCAAAGUGGGGCGUAGGUGCAGCAAUGUUAGGGGGAGCGGCAUACUUCUACAGUCCGAUAUAUCGUGGAUUGACCAUCCAAUUCAAAAUCUAUCUCCAGAUGUCCGCGAUGACGCUCGGUGGGAUCCUCAAAGGGGAGAGCUACAUGCAUGACCAUAAGAUCCGAAUGAGACAUUACCGCCGGCUACAGAGCGAUAGUCGGAAGUGGAGGGAGAACGAGGCGGACUAUGAGAGUCGAGGGACGCCGGGGGUGGGAAGCGAGGGACAUGUAGGACGUAGAGAGGAUAGAUAA